AUGAAUCAUGAAAUUCUUCAACACAUUUAUUAUUUUACUGAACAGAAUUUAACAUCUUCUACUGUUUUAGGCAUAACCAGUCUAUUUUUAGCACAAAUAGAUGUAACUACGCCUGCUACAAAUCAGUCAAGAACACGUGUCACACAUUCCAUACAUAUGCCACAUGCAAAGGGUGACAUCGUUGCUACCACUUCUCCAGGUGCUUCGGCUAAAGCACGUCUUGCUAUCACGCAUCACGAAUUUUCAUUUUUCUUUUUUGAUUUACCCACCAAAACAACAAGUGGUGGAAAUUAUUCUUAA